AUGUUUAGUAUAUCUAUUGAUUCUACUUUUGAUGCUUCACGUCGCGAACAAGUAUCAUUUGUUAUUAGAUAUGUUGAUGAUAAAUUUGGGUUAAUUCACGAAAGAGUCAUUGCUAUUAAAGAAUCACCUAUUACAACAGGAAAAGACUUGUACAGCUUAUUUGUUGCUAUUAUGGAAAAAGAAAAACUUAAUUGGAAAGAUUGCCUUGUUGGGCAGUCUUAUGAUGGUGCUUCAAACAUGCGAGGAAAUUACAAAGGCUUACAAGCACAUAUAAACAGAGAAUGUCCACAAGCUUUGUAUGUAUGGUGUCAUGCCCACCGACUAGCCUUGGUAGUCAAGCAAGCUGUAUCCUGUGACUCAAAUUCAAGAGACUUGUUUGGAAAUUUGGAAAGUCUAUAUGUCUUGUUAUGGUGUUCAAAAAAAAGAGCAGCAACAUUUAGAGAAGCUCAAAAAAAACACUCAGACUUAAAAUACACCCAACAACAUGCUGUUAAACGAGUCUGUACAACACGUUGGAAUUCCCAUUCAGCAGCUUUGAAUGUAGUUUUCAAGUUCCAUCAUGCAGUUUUACAAACAUUGGAAGAAAUAAAAAAUCUUGAAGGUGUUACUGAUGCAACUGUUGGUGCCAAUUGUAGUGGUCUUAUAGAAUAUUUUACAUCACGGAGAUUUUAUUAA